CCCCAGUUUACGUUCAAGAAACGCUCUGCCAAGGCCAAGGCCAAUUUCCGCAAGAAACCAGACACCCCCCCACCCGCGUCCGAGUCAGAGUCUGCUGGCUUCACCUCGUCCGACGAUGACGAGGGCCGCCGGAUCAAGCGACGACGCAAGAACGUCGCCGUGACGGCCUCAUCGGCGACCAACCCGACGGCUCGGAAGAAGGGCGCCGACAGCGACGACCAGCCGACCAGUGUGGCUCCCGUACCCUUAACGUCAAGCAAUGAUGCGACCAAGGCGGCCAACUGGUACGACGAAGACCUUUCCGAGCAGAACCUUUUGGGUACAACGCGAGCUUCUACUACUACCACUACUACUACUACUACCACUACAGACGGCAUGUACAAAGGGACAUCCAACUAUCAAUCGUUUAUCCAGAAGAAUCCAAACGCCCCGACAAAACAGUUUGGUCCGAUGAAAGCGGCGACCAACGUACGGACGGUGACGGUCAUGGACUACGCGCCGGAUGUGUGCAAGGACUGGAAGAUAACGGGGUACUGCGGGUACGGCGAUUCGUGCAAGUACCUGCAUUCUCGCGAGACGUACAAGCAAGGAUGGGAGAUUGAUCGGGAGUGGGAGGUCAACACCAAGGGCAAGCAGUUGAAGGGGAAGAUUGUCUCGACGCACAAAAAGGAUGGGAAGAAUGGACACGACGACGACGAUGAUGAUGAUGAUGAGGAGGAUGAGGAGGAUGAACUGCUUGAGAGUAUUCCGUUUGCUUGCAUCAUCUGCAAGAAACCCUAUCAGAAUCCGAUCGUGACCAAGUGCGGCCACUACUUUUGCGAAUCGUGUGCGCUGCAGCGGUACCGCAAGAACCCAUCGUGCGCGGCCUGCGGGACAGGAACGAGCGGGGUGUUCAACGUCGCGAAGAAGCUCAACGAUCUGCUGGAGAAGAAGCGCGAGCGGGCACGCCGACGGCGGGAGAAGGCGAUAGCCGAGGGGGAGGAGCCGAGUGAGGGGGAGAGUGAC